AUGAUCCUCUCAGCCAACGCCGGUACACCGAUAUCAGCACCAAGCAUCAAGAACCAAGCACCAGCACCGACACCAACAGCAGCAUACCGCUUAUGCCAGGCUAGCCAGUCCCAUCCAGCCAAGUCAAAAUUUAGAAACAUCACAACGUCCUCCAAUGGCUACCCGCAGACGCUCAGGUACCGCAGGACGCCAUGCACACUAGACACAGACACACAACACACGCUCCCUCAUUCACACACCCCUCUUUUCCUCUCGUCUGCUCACCCCCCUGUUCCUGGUCCUGUUCCUGUUCCUGUUCCUGUUCCUGAGUCUCUUCCACUCACCUCUCUCUCUCUCUCUCAGUCUCAACUCUCAACUCCUCACAAUUCUCCCGCUCAGAAGCCAAGGCCUUCACCCGCCGGCCCUCGUCUCGUCUUCUUGUCUUCACCCCCCCCCCCCUCCUUGUUCAUGGACCCCGACACACAACUCAACCUCCGAACGCUCCACCCAGAGAUCCACCUAUCCACUGUCUUGAACCUGAUGCGUUGUGUGCAGCUCGGUUCGUUCGUUUCUUCCCACUCGUCACGGACGGUUUCUCUUGACCACAGACACCACCACACUAGGCACAGGAACCCGCAACUGACCACCACCAUUCUCUUUGGCUCUUCUCUCACACAUUCUCACGCACACACACACACACACGCACUUACUCGCUCUCAGCUUCUCGCCUCCCCCCUCCUCCUACACACGCGCACACCACACUAA